AUGGAGUGGAGAACUUUGUGGUGGUGUAUCUUGGCUUUGUCAGUAACUGGUGUUAUCGCUUUGAAAGCCAAAAAGAGUCGCAGCAGCAACCAUGUUAACAGCAUCUGCAGCACCUGGGGCAGGCAACACUUCAAGACCUUUGAUGGAGAGCUGUACCAGUUCCCUGGCAUGUGUGAAUACACUCUGGCUUCCGACUGCCACGGGUCUUACCAAGAGUUCUCUGUGCUGAUGAAGAGGAGUGAGGCUGGUGGCAACCCUACUGUCAGUUAUGUAGGGGUCACCAUCAGCAACCUUGACUUUCAUCUGACCAAGAACUUGAUCAGGGUGAAUGGGGAAGUCAUCGAUCUGCCAUACUACAAUGCAGGAGUUCAGCUGGAACGAAAUGCAAUUUACACCAAGCUUCACUCUAAAGUUGGCAUCACUGUCAUGUGGAAUGGUGAUGAUGCAGUCAUGGUUGAACUGGAUUCACAGUAUGCCAAUCGAACCUGUGGACUUUGUGGAGACUUCAAUGGUGAUUCUGUGUACAAUGAGUUCAUUCAUAACGGUCGUUUGAUAAGCCUGGUCGAGUUUGGCAACCUACAGAAAGUCCAUCGGCCGAAUGACGAUUGUGAAGAUCCUUAUGAAAAUGAUGAUGAACCUACAGAUAACACACUGUUAGAAGACAAAUGCACAGACUUUCGGGUCACCUGUACCCAGCUGCUGCAUUCAGAGUCCUGGAAAUCAUGUGGCACCCACCUGGAUCCUGAGCCAUACCUCCAGGCCUGCGUCCAGGACAUGUGUGGCUGUGCCAACACCACAGAUGAUUUCUGCAUCUGCAGCACGCUUGCAGAAUUCUCCCGCCAGUGUUCCCACGCAGGAGGGAGUCCUCCUAACUGGAGGACAUCACAGUUCUGUGCUAAGCAGUGUCCAUACAACAUGGUGUAUUUGGAGGAUGGCUCUCCAUGCAUGGACACUUGCACACACUCUGACACAAGCUCACUGUGCGAAGAACACAAAAUGGACGGAUGCUUCUGUCCUGCAGGGACGGUGUUUGAUAAUAUCUCAAAGAGAGGCUGCAUCACACAAGACCAGUGUCAGUGCAAGCAUGACAAGGUCUACAACAGUGGGGAUGUCUACAAACAGGACAAGGAGGAAUGUGUCUGUCACCAUGGCAAGUGGUCUUGUAAAAGCCUUCCGAGUCCUGCAACAUGUGCAGUUGAGGUGGGGUCACAUGUGACCACCUUUGAUGGCAAAGGCUUCAUCUUCCACGGAGACUGCUACUACACUCUGGCUAAAGAGAGUGUGGUUCCCAAGUUUACCAUUUUGGUCCAGCUGACUCCCUGUGUGAGCCACGAGCUUGAUACUUGUCUAAAGACAGUGGUGGUCCUUCUGAACAAUGACAGAAAUAAUGCCUUGGUGUUUACAACUAACGGAAAAGUAAAGCACAAUGCGGAGAUUAAUUUGCCCUACAGCACAGCUGACAUCAACAUAUUCCAGCCGUCAUCUUUCCACAUCAUUCUCCAAACCAGCUUUGGGUUACAAUUACACAUCCAGCUUGUCCCCAUAAUGCAAGUUUAUGUGACACUGGACCAGAUGCAUAAGAUGAAGACCAGAGGUUUAUGUGGGAACUACAACAUGGUUCUGGGUGAUGACAUGAAAAGCCCUCAGGGGAUUGUGGAGGGUACAGCAUCCUCCUUUGGGAGCUCCUGGAAGAGCAAUCCCACCUGCCCAGACCGGGUGGAGAGGCUGGAUGACCCAUGUGCACUUAGUGUGGAGAAUGAGAAGUAUGCUGAACACUGGUGCUCACUGCUAAAAAGUCCAGAAAGCACUUUUGCUAAGUGUCACACCUUAGUUGAUCCUGAAAUGUACUUCAAGCGCUGCACAUACUCCAGUUGUAACUGUGAGAAGAGUGAGGACUGCCUGUGUGCUGUGUUCUCCUCCUACGCCCGAGCCUGUGCAAUCAAAGGGGUGGUCUUGACAGGCUGGAGAGAGAACGUGUGCGACAAGUACACAACGAGCUGCCCAAUAUCUCAGACCUUCUCCUACCAGCUGCAGAGCUGCCAGCUGACCUGCAGAUCACUGAGCUCAGAGCGACAGGGCUGCACCUUGGACUUUCAGCCUGUUGAUGGCUGCUCCUGCCCUCAGGGUCUCUACCUGGAUGAUAAGGGUGUCUGUGUGCCCAUGGAUAAGUGUCCUUGCUACUAUGAUGGUGUCUACGUCAAACCAGGGAAGUCCAUCAACGUCAGAGACGAGCAUUGUAUCUGCACCAAUGGCAAACUUCACUGUCGUUCUUGGAGAGUUCGUCUCCGCUCAGAGACCUGCCAAUCCCCAAAAGUGUUCUUCAACUGCUCUACCGCUGGUUCAGGGGAGAUAGGAGUACAAUGUGCUAAAAACUGUAGAAAUCUGGACAGUGACGACUGUUACACCUCAGAGUGUCAAUCCGGUUGUCAGUGUCCCAGUGGCCUUGUUGAUGAUAACAGAGGUUACUGUGUGAAAGAACAUGACUGUCCAUGCCUCCAUGAUGGGUUUUACUAUGCUUCGGGGAAAAGUAUCCCAGUCCAGUGCAACACAUGCACCUGCAAGCGGGGACUUUGGGAGUGCACAGAUAAGAAGUGCUCUGGAACCUGUACAAUUUACGGCAGUGGUCAUUACAGCACCUUUGAUCAGCGAACGUAUGGGUUUAGUGGCGAUUGUGGCUAUGUGGCUCUCCAGAAUAAAUGUGGGGAAGGGACAGUCCAGGACUUUGGAGUGAUUACAGAGAACAUACCAUGUGGAAGUACUGGCACAACCUGCUCCAAAACUGUCAGGAUUAAGCUGGGGCGAACAGAGUUAAAACUGUCACAUGGAUCAUAUGAAGUGACGGAAACAGAUGAAGGUGUUCAAAUCAAAUACAAUGUGAGGAACGUUGGCUUGUACCUGCUCGUGGAGUCUGCUAUAGGACUGUCUGUAUUGUGGGAUCGUAAAACCACAGUCCGCAUUAUCCUUGAACCACAUCACAUGGUAAAAGUGUGCGGCCUAUGUGGGGAUUAUAAUGGGGAUGGCCAGAAUGACUUCACCACACAAGGCCAGAUGACUGUUAGCAGUGCUCUAGAGUUUGCAAACAGCUGGCAAACAUCAUACUAUUGUCCAGAUGCAGAAGCAAACACAGAACCGUGUGUUGCCAGACCCAAUCGUCAUAACUGGGCCAAAAUGCAGUGCAGCAUUAUAAAAGGAAUUACUUUCCAAGAUUGCCACAAAAAGGUGGAUCCUACACAAUUUUAUGAGAACUGUGUGAAAGAUUCAUGUGCCUGUGACUCUGGGGGAGACUGUGAGUGUUUAUGCACUGCAGUAGCGGCUUAUGCUCAAGCUUGCAACGAAGCUGGAGUGUGUGUUAACUGGAGAACACCUGAGAUCUGUCCUGUGUUUUGUGACUACUACAAUGAGCCCAAUGAGUGCAAGUGGCAUUAUAGCCCAUGUCACACACCUUGCUACAAGACCUGCUUGAAUCCACAAGGCAUAUGCAGCAACCCAAUUCCAAACCUGGAAGGCUGUUACCCAGUGUGCCCAGAGGAUAAACCCAUAUUUGAUGAAAAGAACCAGACAUGUGUUGAAAAGUGUGACGUCUGCAUAUACAAUGGAACUGUGUAUGAGGAUCACGAAGUUAUUUAUAAUGUGACUGAUAACCUGGGAAUGUGCUACUAUGCCAUUUGCAUAAACGCAACCGUAAUCCAUACCAAUGAAACUUGCUUUCCGACACCGACCCCACCAACAAACCCAUCCACUUUGCCACCAUCGACAACUACCCAAUCUGUGACAUCUCUUACUACAACGGAAAAACCCACGACAACCACCACUGUACAGACUACCAUACCUGAACCAACACCACCUCCUACUACAACUGAAAAACCAACACCACCACCACCAACAACCACAACUGAACCUCCAACUCCUGAACCAACACCAAGUGAAAAACCAACACCAACAACCACAACAACCACAACUGCACUUCCAACUCCUGAACCAACACCACCACCAACUACAACAACUACCACAACUAAACCUCCAACUCCUGAACCAACAACAGCCCAAACUACCAAAUUGACAACUGUGAAAACUUCUGAACCAACACCACCUCCUACUACAACUGAAAAACCAACAUCACCACCUACAACAACCACCACAACUGCACUUCCAACUCCUGAACCAACAACAGCCCAAACUACCAAAUUGACAACUGUGAAAACUUCUGAACCAACACCACCUCCUACUACAACUGAAAAACCAACACCACCACCUACAACAACCACCACAACUGCACUUCCAACUCCUGAACCAACACCACCAACAACUACAACAACUACCACAACUAAACCUCCAACUCCUGAACCAACAACAGCCCAAACUACCAAAUUGACAACUGUGAAAACUUCUGAACCAACACCACCUCCUACUACAACUGAAAAACCAACACCACCACCUACAACAACCACAACUGAACCUCCAACUCCUGAACCAACACCAACUGAAAAACCAACACCAACAACCACUACCACCACAACUGCACUUCCAACUUUUGAACCAACAGCAGUCCAAACUACAAAAUUAACAACUGUGAAAACUACUGAACCAACACCACCUCCUACUACAACUGAAAAACCAACACCACCACCUACAACAACCACCACAACUGAACCUCCAACUCCUGAACCAACAACAGCCCAAACUACCAAAUUGACAACUGUGAAAACUUCUGAACCAACACCACCUCCUACUACAACUGAAAAACCAACACCACCACCAACUACAACAACCACCACAACUGAACAUCCAACUCCUGAACCAACACCAACUGAAAAACCAACACCACCACCAACUACAACAACCACCACAAUUGAACAUACAAAUCCUGAAACAACAACAGCCCAAACUACCAAAUUGACAACUGUGAAAACUCCUGAACCAACACCACCUCCUACUACAAUUGAAAAACCAACAUCACCGCCUACAACAACCACCACAACUGAACCUCCAACUCCUGAACCAACACCAACUGAAAAACCAACACCAACAACCACUACCACCACAACUGCACCUCCAACUCCUGAACCAACACCACCACCAACUACAACAACAACUACCACAACUAAACCUCCAACUCCUGAACCAACAACAGCCCAAACUACCAAAUUGACAACUGUGAAAACUUCUGAACCAACACCACCUCCUACUACAACUGAAAAACCAACACCACCACCACCAACAACCACAACUGCACUUCCAACUCCUGAACCAACACCACCACCAACUACAACAACUACCACAACUAAACCUCCAACUCCUGAACCAACAACAGCCCAAACUACCAAAUUGACAACUGUGAAAACUUCUGAACCAACACCACCUCCUACUACAACUGAAAAACCAACAUCACCACCUACAACAACCACCACAACUGCACUUCCAACUCCUGAACCAACAACAGCCCAAACUACCAAAUUGACAACUGUGAAAACUUCUGAACCAACACCACCUCCUACUACAACUGAAAAACCAACACCACCACCUACAACAACCACCACAACUGCACUUCCAACUCCUGAACCAACACCACCAACAACUACAACAACUACCACAACUAAACCUCCAACUCCUGAACCAACAACAGCCCAAACUACCAAAUUGACAACUGUGAAAACUUCUGAACCAACACCACCUCCUACUACAACUGAAAAACCAACACCACCACCUACAACAACCACAACUGAACCUCCAACUCCUGAACCAACACCAACUGAAAAACCAACACCAACAACCACUACCACCACAACUGCACUUCCAACUUUUGAACCAACAGCAGUCCAAACUACAAAAUUAACAACUGUGAAAACUACUGAACCAACACCACCUCCUACUACAACUGAAAAACCAACACCACCACCUACAACAACCACCACAACUGAACCUCCAACUCCUGAACCAACAACAGCCCAAACUACCAAAUUGACAACUGUGAAAACUUCUGAACCAACACCACCUCCUACUACAACUGAAAAACCAACACCACCACCAACUACAACAACCACCACAACUGAACAUCCAACUCCUGAACCAACACCAACUGAAAAACCAACACCACCACCAACUACAACAACCACCACAAUUGAACAUACAAAUCCUGAAACAACAACAGCCCAAACUACCAAAUUGACAACUGUGAAAACUCCUGAACCAACACCACCUCCUACUACAACUGAAAAACCAACAUCACCGCCUACAACAACCACCACAACUGAACCUCCAACUCCUGAACCAACACCAACUGAAAAACCAACACCAACAACCACUACCACCACAACUGCACCUCCAACUCCUGAACCAACACCAACUGAAAAACCAACACCACCACCAGCUACAACAACCACCACAACUGAACCUCCAACUCCUGAAACAACAACAGCCCAAACUACGACAGCAUCUGUUAUCACUGGUCCAACAAAAACAUCUCCAUCAACAGGUGGACAAAUUACCAAUAGUACUACUGUGAAUACUCCCAAACCAUCAACACCUCAUAGUACAACUGAAAAACCCACAAUAACUACUACUGUGACCACCCAAAGUCAACCUCCAACCACAUCUCCAACUCAAUCACCAACAACAACAACCCCCAGAACUACAGAAUGCAUUUGUACUUUCAAUGGGAAGCACUAUAAACCAGGAGAGACCAUACUUGACCAGGAGCACAUGGGGUCAGAUAUAUGCCUUACCAUGAUAUGCUCCAACAUUUGUGAGAUUAAGAAUACAACAGGUCCAUGUGUUGUUCCAACCCCACCUCCUCCCACUUGCCCAGAAUGGGACAAAGUCCAAAACGAAACAUUCUUGAUUUGCAACUGCACACUGGCCAGAUGCAUUGAGAAUAAUACCAUUGAAAUAAUUCCAUAUGAAUGUCGACCCCUUGAGAACAUCACUUGUGCCAAUGGCAAGAAUCCAGUUCUUGUUUAUGAUGAGAACGGUUGUUGCGAACACUAUGUGUGUGACUGUGUGUGUGAAGGUUGGGGAGACCCUCAUUAUAUAACAUUUGAUGGACUCUUCUACAGUUAUCAAGGAAACUGUACAUACAUCCUCAUGGAGGAGAUCAGACCUAAUCACAACUUAAGAAUUUAUAUUGACAACGUCUACUGUGAUCCCACUGAGGACGUGUCUUGUCCCAGGUCAAUCAUCGUGUCUUAUAACUUCCAAGUCAUAACACUCAAGAAUCACAACCUCAUCGGUGCUGUGCAGUUAGAGGCUCUUAUUGGUGGGGUUGGCCUCGAUCUACCUUUUUCAGGUCAUGGGAUGAAGAUUAUGAACUCUGGACUUAAUAUGGUUUUGGAGAUUCCUCGUCUAGAAGUGGUUGUUACAUUUGGUGUCAAUGGCUUUAGUGUUGCCCUUCCAUUUAGAAUGUUUGGAAACAACACACAGGGACAUUGUGGGACAUGCAACAACAAUCAGCAUGAUGACUGCAUGCUGCCAGGAGGCCAGCUGGUGAAUAGCUGUGCAGUUAUGGCAGAUUACUGGCCUGCCAAAGACCUGUACCAGCCUGACUGUUUUGUGCCACCCUUGUUCCCACCGACCGACUCACCGGUUUAUCCUUCGCCGAUGCCAUGCAAACCUGAUUCCAUUUGUGAACUUCUUAAGAGCAGCUUGUUUGCAGAAUGCCAUCCAUUUGUCUCACCCGACAAAUUCUAUCAGGGAUGUGUUUUUGAUAGCUGCCAUGUACUCAACCCAGCAGUUGAGUGCACAAGUUUGCAGACUUAUGCUGCUGCUUGUAUUCAGUUUGGAGUUUGCCUACACUGGAGGAACCACGUCCAAAUAUGUGCCAACGAAUGCCCGGCAGGCAAAGUCUACAAACCCUGUGGUCCUGCAGAGCAGCCUACCUGUGAUGAUAAUCCUGCUGAUACCAACUUGAAUUUUACAACUGAGGGAUGCUUUUGCCCAGAUGGCAUGAAGCUGUUUAACAAAAAGUCUGGAGUCUGUGUGGAUAAAUGUGGAUGCCUUGAUCCAGAAGGUGUACCACGAGAGUUCAAUGAGAGGUUUCAGUACAAAUGCCAGGACUGCAUUUGUGAGAAAUCCACCAAGACUGUGACUUGCAAGCCUAAGGUUUGUCCAGAGUACCCUGUACCCACCUGCACUGAUCCAGGGUUAAUCCUUGUCAACCAGACUAAUCCAUCAGACCCCUGCUGCUCUAGCCUCGUUUGCCAGUGUGUCAGCAGUACUUGUCCAUCUAACGACAUGAACUGUCCGAUUGGGUUCAAGCCUAUGGUCUCAGUGCCUGAAGGAAAAUGCUGCCCGAAAACCACAUGUGAGGCUAAAAGAGUUUGUGUGCACAACAAUAUGGAAUACCAGCCUGAUGACUUAGUACCAGUGGUGGAGUGUCAAGACUGUACUUGUACGAGGGAGGAGGGUGUCAAGGGCCUGUUAAAAAUAGUCUGUCGCUUUCUGGAAUGUGAUCAAAAGUGUGAUCUGGGAUAUGAGUAUACUGAGACAUCCUCAAAUGGAUGCUGUGGAAAGUGUUUGCAGACGCACUGUAUCCUCAAAAUGAAUGGAACCAACAAGUUGCUGAAGCCAGGACAAAUCUGGUCAAUGCCUGGCAAUACAUGUGAAAGUUACAGUUGCUUUAGGAAUGGUGCAACCUAUGUGACCACCAGCUCCAAGACCCAGUGUCCUCCAUUCCAGCAGAGCAACUGCCAGCCGGAUUCAAUACAGACAGCAGCAAAUGGUUGCUGUAAAAUUUGUUUGGAUAAGGAAACGGCCUGUAAGAUAGGAAGCAAGCAAACCCGCAUCAAUUACAAAGGAUGCCAGUCUGUGGAGGAAGUGGACAUGCCGUACUGCGAAGGAGCCUGCAACACUUUCACCAAGUACUCAGAAGUGGCUGCAACCAUGCAGCAGUCCUGUUCUUGCUGCAAGGAGUUGCGCUCUUCCAACCGUACUGUAACCCUGCAGUGCCUGAAUGGAGAUCAGGUUCCUUACACCUAUAUGCACGUGGAGGAAUGUAGCUGCGGGAACACUGACUGCAACAGUGCCAGCAGAUGGCCUCUCCGCAAGAGCCGGAGUCUCAGAUUGGUCUGAAAGGGACUGCAAUUCCCCCACCACUUUGCUGUGAUGAAUAAGUUGUCUACCCUAGCCCCUUAGCUGUUAGCUACUGUAGAUUAUAUUUGAAAUGUAGAAAUCAAAUCUAUUUAUCUUAAUAAAUGCAUCUGAAAAACAACAA